UGCGCGCGUGUGUCAUUCUCCUUGAGGAACAUUUCAGGCUUUUGUUCUCCCCAAGGGAGGAAGGAAGAAACAGUUGGGUUCGGAUCGCCUGCCAUCCUGCCGGAACUGCAAUCAAUGCAAAACGAAGAUAUAGAACACGGUGUGAGAGUUGGGUUCUUUUUUUCUUGUAUGCGUGCUUAUAGUUAUCUAGUGUAAAGAAAUAACGCUCUCUAAGUGUCUUCUCUGUUGUCUUAGGAGACUGAUUAAUAAUUACAAGGUCGAUAAUGAUUAGAUCCGCGCCCUCUUCCAAAAGUAAGCUCCAUCCAACAGUGCGGGGGGAUUGAUCGGCUAUUGCUGUUACACGCAAGUCGGUGGAGUGAAAAGGAAAGGCAAUCGCUAAUGUAUGUGGAGCCAUUGAGUGUCGGGGGCCAAAGCUAAAGCUUCCUGCAAUAGAAAUUUUCAUUUCAAGUGAAGUCUCGAUGCUAGUUGACGCGCUCGCGAGUGUGUAUGUGUGUGUUUUUAUGCUGCCCUCGUCUGCAGCAUAUCAGCCUCUCUCUGUCUAUGCCUAUUAUAUAAGCGAAAGAGCAUAAGUAGGGUUUACUUUCAGGCGGGUUGCUGGUAGAGCGGGGUGUUCCCUAAGGGAAAUCAACGGCGCGCGCGAGAGCAAGUUAGAGAGAUUGGGAAGCCGACUGUGUGCGUACGUGCGCGGUCCAUCGGCGAAGUAGUACAAGGGUAGUGCGAAGGACGCAAAGGGCGCCUGUGGCAAGAGAGUGCCCGUUGUAUCGGGUGUGUUUGUGCGGGAUAUCGGUACUGCUUUUUUCCCAGCAAGAGGGCUCGCUUGUGUCCCGUUGUGCCCGCUUUGUGGAACCCUAUACUGUGGGCUUGCGUCCGUCCGCGUUUCGGUGUGCGUGUGAUACACGCAAAACCAGCCAGGAGAGUAGUCCAGAAAACGAAGAAGAAACAGCACCUCGGGAAGGAAGAAAAUUUCAUGUUGGCUCUGGCGAGCAUUAAAAAUAUGUUUUUCCAUCGCGGUGAAGUCUCGGGGCAUUCGGCCACAAUUUGAAGGUUUCCUGGAAGAAAAAAUCGCGAAAAGUGCUUUCGUUAUUCCUUUACACUUCCGGCACGCAAGUCGAGUUUCAUCCGAAAUUAACCGUGAGUGUAUUGUGGUGCGAUUCGCGGAAAAGUGCCAUUACGGUGUGAAUCGGAAGAAUAGCUUCGACAGGCGCCUCGCAAGGAUUACUGAGAAAAAUCGAAAUCAGUGGGUGAAUGCAAACUGAAUUUGUCGACUUUUUGUGCUUAUGUGUCGCCCGUUGUCAUCAGUGGCAGAUCAAAUCUCGCCUUUUCCUGGCAAGUGCGACCCAGUAUGGAUUACCUCUGGCAACUGUAGAACAAAAACUCUCGAUUAAACAUUUCGAUCUCAUCCAAACGAAGUGACAAACAACUAGAGAUUUAAAUAAGAACCUAUGAUAACCUAGCCCACGGAGCGUACCCACGGAGACCAGCGCAGCAGCCCCGAGUGCCGGGGAUAUUUUGGCCGAACGAACCGAACCACAGGGUAUUUUUGCGCCACUGGAGCCUACCAGGUAGCAUUCCCGCGAGUAUGCAGCAAAAAUGGCCCGCAUCCGGAAUCAAGAUGGUAUAGAAUCGUUCCGUUUGAUGUGCUACGCACAGGAUGAGUGUUAAAUGCGGUAAGGAUUCAAUAUACGCUUAGCUGACGGACAAAACCAUAAAACUCCAAGGAGCGGUGUCGCGUCAUUGAGUUGUACUGAUAGUACAACAGUUCGCGAAUCUUCCAAUCCAGGAUCUCCGUGCACCAGCCCCGAUUCGGUCGCCAGCGGUGACGAUGCACCACAGCAACAGCUUGAUCAUAGGUUAAGACAGUAAUCAAUGCAAAGACUGCCGCAGGCUGCAUCACCAAAAGUAACGAAAAUAGUCGAACAAACGAUCCAUUCGCAAACUUUUCACUGCGAAUGGCUUCCAUCAGUGCAAAAAUGGCACCACACACGCAGGCUGCCAAUCUUACAAUCAAACAGCAAUAUCAACCCCACCAGUGGCCAUGGAGUACCAAUAGCAAUAGCAACAGCAACAGUUCCGCCACGAGCAAUAGUACAGCCAAUAGCAGUAAUCUGUCUACUUCCGUCAAUACUCACUCGCAACCACAGCCAGCCGGUAACGCGGCAGGCACUGUCAUAACACCCUCCGUAACUGUGACUCCAGUGAAUAAACUAAAACGCCUUCAGUCGGUCCAAUCGGAGCCAUCUAUCGGAGGUAGUAUAACCCGCAGUAAUAGCACUAACACCAUCGCCAACGGUGCAAAGCGGAUUCGAUCGACUAGUGUAGAAAAAGUUAACAAAUCGGUCGGCACCAACACCACCGCCCUUAGCGGACCACCGGGAUUAGUUGCCGUCGGUUCCAGUUUAGCUACCGCAACUAGCACCACCACUACCACCAAAAAGCUAACCCAAAUGGCCAUCGUCGCUGCUAGUAACAUCAACCAUCAUCAUCAUCAUCAUCAGCAGCAGCAGCAUCACCAACAACAGCAUCAGCAGCAGCAGCAACAGAUCUCAGCCGGUACGGCCACAACAACCAUCACCAAGAAUACGAAAAACUUCACUGCCACGGCCAACGGAAAUGCCGAUCUGAACAACGCAAACAAAAUAACAGCGGGACGAGCCACGACGCUGAAGACCACUGCCACUGCUUCGGCGACUUCGACGACCACAGCGACGGCCGAAGCGGAAGCGGAGAUCACCACCACCACCGAGCUGAUGACGACGACUUCCACCGUCCUGCAGCAGAAGAGCAUCAUCAAGACAGCCGCACCAAUCAAGGGUUCCAGUGCAAGUCUGGAGAAGUAUCUUAAUUUCCUCCAGCAGCAACAACUGGUGAAGCAGACCGAUUUGGAUGUACGGACUCUGACCACAUCCAUUUCUCCGACCACUUCGCUGAAAAAGGUGGAGCGAAAGACGGCGCGAAUAGCGCCAACCGUUUCACUCACUCGCAAGGUCGGUCAUGCCACCCAAGGUGCUCUUGGAGUAGGACAACCCAAGAAGCCCAUCACAAUAGCUCCUAGAACGACCGAUCCUAAAUUGGGUGUAAAUUUCAAUCAGCAAAUGAUGGCCACCAACAGCAACAGUCAAACCAAACAGCAAGAGCAGAUUGUCAAGUCACAGCAACCUACUGUUCUGCUUACGGCGAUACGUAUUCCCCAGCAGCAACAAUCGGCUCAGACACAAGCAACGCAGUCGCAGUCCAGUCAACCGCAGCCCCAGCAGCAGCCACAACCCCAGCAACCACUGCCGCCACAGCAACAGUUCAAGCCAUCAGUGCAACAACAAUCUCCAAUCAGUAGUCCGCCGCGCACACCAACAAAGCUAGGAUCGACCGUAUUUCAAUUUCACCCGCAAUCAACAGCUGUAAUGCCAAAUCUGGUCCAGAUUCCUAAUCUGGUGCCAACUCAAUCGGUGUCUUCUGCUACCAAGCUGAAUACCGUCUCGACGACCGUUUCUGCACCAACCAGUAGUUCAAGUCAGUCUGCAAAUUUGCUUAUGAGUAACGCAAACCAUGGUCUGACGGCUGCUCGACUAAACAAUGGGACUGCGCAACUGAUCAUGAAUGGAGCCGUGAUCAAGCUGCACCAGAUUCAGCAACAACAGCAGGUUGCUGUUUCGACUGCACAGCAAAUACCUACCACCCAACAAAACCUUACCAUGGAAGCGACCACCGUUAACAUGAGUCUCAAUGGACUUCUCUCGAAGCCACCGGCUCUGUCUGCAACGGUGCCGCUAUCGGCAGCUACCAACAUCGGCACCAGCCAGCAAUCACAGCAGGGUAAAGCAUUUGCGCUCCACGCGCAACCAUCCGCACAGUUGUUCCAGCAAGCGAAUGCUGCUACCGCCGCAGCAUUUGCUCCUCAGCAGCUUUUUAUGACACCCGCAGGAGGAAUUUUUCUGAACGCAGCUGCCAUACCGACAAUGUUAACAUCAGGAUUGACGGCUGCCAGUCUACAGCAAGCCCUUACACAAGCUUCGCACGCGAAUGUUCCGGCACUGCACCCGCUACAACCCAGUCAACCUCAGGCAUCUCAGUUACCAAACAUCACUGCCAUCAUCCAACAGCAGCAACAGCAGCAACAAACGCAGCAAACGCAAGCGCAGCAGAAUUACCAUCAGCUGCUGGCUAACAUCCCUCAAGCGGUUCUACAAGCCACUGCCAAAUUUGGCCAAGGGCCACAAUUUGUUCCUAUUCCAUCGCAUCUGUUUCUCAACCCGCAAACUCCCGCUCUGACCAGCAAUGGGUCGUCAGCCUCUCUAACGAACCCGAUUACGAUCUCAACCUCAACGAUGCCCUCGGGAUCAACAACCGUAACGCAACCACUCUCACCACCUCCGCUGGUCGCAACAGUUCCAACCUUUACUACCACCACCAAACCAAUCAUGAACCCCCUAAGCAGCCAAAAGAUUAUCAUCGCCUCGGCCACCACCAGUACGACUACGGCCAAACCGCCUGCGACAAUAAAACCGAUCUCUUCGACGGAGCCACCCAAACUGGUCCCGGUGCAGCUAAACAAACCAUCGAUCUCCAUCGCCCCGGUUCUGACGAACCCUCCCAAACUCGUAACGCCAUCCGCACCUGUUCCUAAAUUAGUCCUGUCGGCCUCGGUUGCAUCCAAAGCUACAUCGACCACUAACCUGCCUCCGAAGGAGCUGCCCAAACCAACGUUGCCCUUGUCGGAACCACCGGCGCUCGCUCCUGCUUCAGUUCCCACGGCAAUAAAGUUGGCCCUUCCUGCGCCGUCUAUAAAUACUCAACGAGCCAUCGAUAACAAAUCUCCACCGGCGUUGAAUCCUCUCUCACUGGACUGUGGAAGCAGCAACGACAGCGGCAUCGUAGCCAACUCAAGCGAUACCGAAGACAAAUCGUUGACCAUUGACCUCUGCUCUCCCGGAACACCGGAGUUUUCACCGCAAAAGAAAGAAGAGGAAAUUGGCAAAUCCGCUGAACAGCAACUGCCAGCUACACCAAUCAUUGAACCUGAGGAAGAACUAGAACUCGAUUCUAAACAUGAUGAACCAACCGAGCCAGAGCAACCAGAGCGUGCGCCGCAGUCAUCACCUCCUCCUUUACGACUAAUUCCGCCGACCGUUGAAGCCAUCCAGCUAGAUGAUCUUAUUCAAAACAGCUCCCUACCUCCCAGCCAGAAAUCACCCAAGAGUUUAAUUCUGGAGCAGAUCAAACUAAGGCUGCCCGAAAAACCAGACGAUCAACCACAGGAAUCAAUGUCCUCCGAUCAGGAUUCCACCAGUCAAAGCCCACUGGAUGAGCAGCAAUCGUCAUUGGAAACUCCAUCAGAAUCUCAACGGUCCACGACGCCGAUUGAUCUCUCGCCACCCAGUAUCGAAACGGACUUUCUCAACACACCAACUCCGGGGACAGAGUGCGCGAAAAGUCCUAUUCUGUCACAGCCAAAAACAAUUCGCUUUCCGGCUUUGAAUGGCGUUCACCACAACUUCGGUCGCAAAGGUUUCCGCCGACUUUCCGAUGGUCGCCUAUUUGGGCUCUGCUACUGGAACAACUGCGAGGCCCAGUUUGACACCAGCUCGAAGCUACUGGAUCACCUGCAGUUCGAACACGUAAACAGUCAGACGGGACCAUUUGCUUGCCUUUGGGAGGGGUGCAAAGUACACAACAAGGAAUCCUGUAGUCGUCGGUGGCUUGAGAGGCACGUGCUUGACAAGCACGUCCAUGGCGGUUACAAACCCCACAAAUGCAUCUACGAUGGAUGUGGUAUGCGAUUUGGUUCACCGUUGGCAUUGGAAAAACACGUCAACAAUCACUUAGACAAUAGCGAUAGUGUCGGUUCCAGCAAACGAUCGUCGGACCCGCCACUGCCGAAGGUACUGCGAAAGACCGGCAAAAAACUGCGAUACCGACGUCAACCGUGGUCAGCCCGACGGUUUGACUUCUUCGACAUUGGUGUGAUGGAAGGGCUACAGCAUAGACUGAUUAUGGCUGGCAGUGUGGCCAGCGCACGUCGUGGCACGAUGACUUUCCGUGGACAAGCCGCUGGACGGCGAACGACCAGCACCGGAACGGAAGUGUUCGUCAAAUGGUUUCCAAGAGACAUCCUCUCCGACGAUUGGGUCCCCGAGCCGGAAGUAGCUCUCACGCGAGAGAUUUCAAUACACGAGCUUAACCCGGACCAGCGGUUCGAGCUGGAAGCGCAGCUGAAGACCAACCGAAAGGCAAAUGCGGAACUUCUAUCGUAUCUGCAUGAGCUGAACUUAAAACUGCAGACGGCUACGGACGCCGCCACCUCCACCACCACCAGUAGCAGUUGCUGUAGCAGUAGCAGCAGCAGCAGUCGAAGCAGCAGUAGCUUCAGCUUUUCGUCCAGUGGAUGCAGCAGUAUGAGUACACCCAUCCCGUUCAACUCCAGAACUGGACCGAAAAAGUUACGCAAGCCGCCGAAGAAUUCAUACACGACAUCAUCUCCCCUGUCGUCGGUGCUCUCGUCAUCAUCUUCAUCGCUGCUCUCUAGCGGCAGUAGCAGCAGCAACAGCAGCAGUAGUUCCAGAAACAGCGGAAGUGCCAGCAGUUGCUCAUCCUCUGCAUCGUCCUGACCUACAUCGACCAGGCUCGGACCGUUGUCAACACUGCAGCAGAUGAUUUCCGGUUCACUUGCGCAGAAGCGCACCCGGAGGGCACUCAGCUGUCUAAGACGGUACCAAGCGACGGAAACUGCAACUCAAAAUGCUUCCCGCGGUCGUAUUCCCACCAGGAGUCAACCAUCGGCGAGCAGGAAAUUGGACUUUUAAGGCGACACCCUCCUUCUACUCCAUUUACUAGUUGUACAGUUCAGUGUAAUAAUGAUGGUUUCUUCGAGUACCGUUCCAGGCUCGGUCAUCGAUAUAUUGCGAAAUAGGAAAACAAAUUGUACAUACAUGAUGAAACACAUCUAUCAGAACCAUGAGGACCCACUUAGGAAGAAAAGCUACAAGUGUUUGUCCAAAGUUGUCGUUUUUAGGAGAUAGUACUUUGCUCUCGUCUUUUUUGCUGACUGAGCAACGUAGCAACAUAACUGCCGCCAUCUACCGAUUUCGAUCCUUCCGUUUAUCUAGUUUAGCUAUUUUUCACGUCUGCCUAUCAGUAAUAAUGGGGGUAUACGAGGAUUGGACUAUUUCACUUUUAGGUAAAUUUUUCGGUCUGCUUAGAAACGGUUGUGUAGCCAUUGUGACUCACGUCCUAGUAGAACGUGAACCCAAAAAGGCAGAAGAAUAUUUAAAUGUUUAGUUGUAGUAGAUCUAUUUUUUUUAGUCCGAGAGAAACAACAGCGCAAAGGCGCUUCGGUUUAGUGUGUGCGCCAAGCAAUAAGGCGCAUUUUAAAUUGUAUACAUUUUCUAGACUAAUUUUUUUAGCGUACUUCGCGCAAAAGUAAGCAAAUAGUGGUAUAGAAAAAGAAGAGCAAAAUGUGGAUUUAGUUAAAACGAAAUUCUUAUGCAAAGGAAGAGAAGAAACAGAAAAAAACGAGCAAUUCUUUGAUCUCAGUGAGCAGACUUCAGCGGAGAAGGAAAAGGGAAAGCGAAACGAUAUUUGCGAAUUAUAUUCUGUGAAUUUUACCCGAAAAAAAAUGACCGAACCGAUAAAAUUGGCUGCAUGAAAGUCUCCUGCCGGGAAUUAUAGACUUUCUUUGAUUUAUGACGUACGUAUCUGGUUGUGGUUGGUAAAGUUUUGCAGUAGUUGGGCUGCAUUGUUCCCUUUAUGAGUUCCUUUAACGGAAAACUAGCAGUCUAGUCUAGUUAACUUUUCGUCGGAGAGCCCAAUUUCGGAAGUAGUUUUUGGGCUCCAAAGCGGGAUUCUGUUUAUAGAAAUGUAUUCACUGCAUUCUUCUUGGCAAUCUGAACACAGCGACUAUAUUUCCAUGAACAGAAUUUUUGUUUCAAACAAAGAAACUGCUCUUGUAAUUUGCGGAAUCAAUGACGACUAAUUUCGCCUUAAUUCUGCAUUCUGUGAUUGUACCGCCUCAGGCGGGGAAAAAUUAAAAAAAAUAUGGACCACAUGUAGAACUGUUCAUUAUCUACAAUAUUGCUGGAUUGAAUAUCAAUUUUUUAUGUUUAGAUCUGCUAGUCGCUUGCCUAAGUGAGCGCUCAUUAAGGUAGUGGCCAGAUUAGCGAUCUUAACAUCGUAAAUACCUACUAUAAUAGAUCAAGUAUAAUUAAAGUGGUUCUUAAAGCGUUCCAUAAGGGAGUUUCAAAAUUAAAGUCCAAAAUCGGAGCCCUUUGAUACAGGUAAAUGAGCGGAAUCCAAAUUGGACCAUUUUAUUUAUUUAUAAGUAAAUGAUUUCUUUUUGCCUUUCGAAUUUUGAAGGCAGAUAACUACCAACUGUAUUAAAGUUUAAUUUAACUAACCUCGCAAUGGCAAUACUUUGUCAAUUUGAUGACUAACAAAAAAGAUCAGCCACAAAUGACUUCCCAUAUGUGAAUUGUAGUGGAACAUUAACAAUUUCAGAUUUCAGAUUAACUACCCUUCAGAUCUCAGUUGACUUUCUGGAUUGAAAUUAAACGCCAAUCCUACAGUUAAUUGGAAUUCAAUAAAGUUUCAAACAUUUGUUGAAUAAUAAACAAACAACACAUAAAUUAUAACCCUAAAAGGCCAGGAUCUGGCCUCUUGAAAAUUGAAAAAUCAAUCCCAAACGCUUUUACUUACAGAUGUAUGGGCGGUGCGCCAAGAGCGCUCCCUGCGCACCACCCAGUGUGAAAUGAGAGUGUGCCGUAAAUACUUAAGAUAGAGCAAUUUUUUUUUGUAUGGGCUUAUCACUUUGACCACAACAUUAUUGAUCUAUUGUAAUGAUAGAGCAAUACUUAGUUCAGCAAUCUUAUGGAUAAUAAUCGACUCUAUAAAUGCCCCAUAUACAACAUUUUCAAAUUUCGUUUGGCUGAGGUGUUACAGCUAAAAAAGCAAAAUAGGUGCACUAAGUGCAGGACAACCCUGCCUCUAGAUGAGCGCUAAGUCAGUUCUGAGACCAGGGCUGAAGGUUGUUUGUUGGGCGAAGCUCGUUUUCCUCCAUUCUUUUGUUUACGAUGAUUCGGAAUCAUCGCUUUACCUCCACAUUGGAUGCCGAAUUUCAUCUGCUACCAACAUCCGAAUUCACUCUAGCUCUUGGACGAUAUUCCAGAUCUCUUCGAGUCGUGGAAAUGUUUGGACAGAUAAACCGUUUCAACUGCCUAGCAAUGAAAAUGUUGUUCCAAUUUGAUUCCACUUUCGUACAUUCCCAUGCGUCGUGCAACUCUACUUUCAAGACAGAAACAGAUAAGCAACAGAAGGACUCAAGUGUUACGCAUUGACGAGACGAUCCGAGUCUUGCAAGCGUAUCGGCUCUUUCAUUUCUAUCAAUUUCACGGUGUCCUAGGUCCCAAUAUAGGGUAUAUUUUUAGCAUACUUGUAUAUUAUUUUUGUGUCACUCAACUCUGAGGACCCAAUUGGUAACCACGAAAUGACCCAGGUACCCAGGGAACCAAUAAGCAUUACCAAUGCCAUUCAUAUGCAAGUCAAUAAGCGUUUACGUAACCUUAAAUGUUACCUAAAAACUUCUUUGGUCAAAUAUACGGCUACUUUACUGCUAAUUCUUCAGUAGUGCAGUAGAUAAGCAUUGCCUUAUUUGCAGUUGUACCGACUAGAAGAAUAUGAAUUUCUGCUAUACCUUACCGGACAGUUUAGUGAUUCUGCCAAUUCAGUCCCACCGUUCUUUCCGUUCCACGGUUUGGCUCCCCUUACGAAGCACUGUGGUCCAAAAAGGUAAAAGAAGAACUUUUUUCUAACGGUUUCUACCUUGUUUUUGCAAUGUAGUGUCUUCAGAAUGUUUGUUCGUCCGCCCCUCACAUCUGGAGGUAUCAAAAUUUAGUUAUGACGUACUAGGGUGAAAAUAAAAGAAAACUAACCUUUUUGUAUUAGGAGAUAGAGACAUGGUGUCUUCAGAAAAGUUGUAAAAAAUGGAACAGCAAGCAACUUUGCGGAAGAAAUGAAAUUUCUAUCGCCGUCGCUUGCAGAGUUAUAGAAGAUGCUCUUUAGAAGUUCCCAAAAAAUUAGUUUUUCAUACCUAUACAUGAAUAUAUUGUUCUAGGCAUCUAUCAGAACUUUAUCAUAAUAAUGGUCGUGAUGGCAAAGGUCACUUUUAAAGACGUUCUAUGUUCUAUGUUGUCUUUGACUUUCAUAUAAGUUUAUAGCAAAAAGCAAAAAUUUUGAACUUCAAGGUCUGCAAAACUUGACCCUUCUUUACAGACAAACUUUGCUGUUAGAGUACAGGACAAUUACGAGGCUGGCAAAAUGAUCCUAUUGAUUCGUGCAGCACCGUCUAGCCAGGAUUCGAACAUACGACAGCUGGCUUGUUAGAACAGUUCCUGCAAACUAGCUGGGAGUUCAAUUUCUGCAGCAAAUUAAAGGCCCUAAGGGUCCUAUUCUGUAAGUCACGUCGAGCAAGUCAAUUCGACUCAGCCACUGUCGAGUGUUGAGUGCGAGAAGAACUGGAAAAACUAGAAUAAAGCAAGCACAGCUGUCAAUUAUUGAGAAUUGAGUCACUAGCUUUUUACCCAACCAGCACACUUUUCGCACUUAUGGUUGCAGAAACUUAUUUAUGACUGAAUUUAGGUAUAAAUCGCUUGCCACAAGUGAUUUAUAACAACUGUGCUAGUAGAGUAGCGGUCGACACAGUCGAGUUACUCGACAAAAUCGUGUCACAUGUGAUUUACAAAGUACUAAAAGUGAACUAAUCGAGGAAAGUGACACUCGACGUGACUUACAGAAUAGGGAUUUUUAAACCUUCUGUCGAGUUUUCCAGUUAUUGGCCUUUCCAGAUGGUCUCGAGGUACGACACUGGUCUAACAAACCAAUGGUUGUAUAUUUAAAUUUCAGCUACGAGGGGUUGUUAGGAUCGUAGCACUAACCAUGCAAUUGUCCUGUACUUUAACCACACUGUUUGUCUUAAAACUUGAUUUUACUACUGCAAUACUUUAUCAACACAAUAAAAGUGCCAAUCCUUACGAAUAGACAAUUUAGAAUAAACUUGGGUUUUGAGCAGUUGCAACUUGAAUUGGCACAACGUUGGUAUUACCUAAUUGUACAUAAAAAAACCGAAACCAAACUGUGUCUAAAUAUGAACUCCUGAACUACAGGAUAAAAUAUUAUAAUCUGUAAAUAGCAACACAUUUCGUCAAUGGCGUCCGCAAAUGAUGGCGGAUGUCGCUUCUAGUAUUGUACAAAGCAUUUUUUGUAUAUACUGAAUUAAACAUCCAUUUAAAGUGCUACCCCGAAAAAAACAAGCAAAAGGUGUGUGGCAUCCACUUACAAACCAAAAAAAAACAAUGAAUCAGUCAACACAUAACAACAUAACCAAACUUUUCGUUAGUAGGGAAAAAACUAAAAAAAAACUUGCACAACCGCGUAUCAAUACCAACGUUCGACCAAUCCAGCUGCAGGCAACCAAUCCCUUUCCAAAACAAUGGAUCUACGUUUGUUUUCCCUUCUCAGUGCUGCCUUUAAAGUAUCAGUUUUAGCGAAUGGACUAAAAACUAACCUAAGCCCAAGUGUAAUCAAUCAGCCCAAGAAUGUCUUUCCAGAAAACGCAGUCCCCACCAGGCUGCAUCUCCGUAUGUCCGUGACUAUUUAUCCGUCGUGUAUUGCUAUUUUAUUUUGCUUGGAUAAAACUGAAAAAACAAAACUGAACUAUAUAGGUUAUUAGCAGUAGUAGGGGUUGCUUAGGUGGCGUGAAACAACCGAUAAGAAAAAUGCCAGCAUUUUUUCCAACUGUAUCGAGUAAUGAAUGUAGUAGUAUGUAUACCCGGAUGUAUAUGGUAGAAAAGCAAACGGCAAAACACACACCCGCGCAAAUUUCAAACAUCAUAAACAAAAAAAAAACAAAAGAAACAAUCGAGAAAUAAUAGGUGUCUAUGUGUAAAGCAAAUAAUGUUACGAAAAUUAUAAGUUAGCGAAUCGAUAGAAAACUACACAAAAAAUCCAAUUAAAAAAGAGAAAAGCCAUUCAUCUCACGAUCGUUUGCCUAAUAUUUAGUAAGAACGGUGAACUUUAGCUUAAACCAACACACGCAUACACACUCAAACGCGCGUACGAGAUGAGAGUAAAUUAGAGUAACAUUUUUCGUUGUGAUUAACGGGAUCGCAAGUGACUGUGUGUUAGGAGGAGGAAAACAAAAGAAAAGAAAAAAGAAGUUUUCUGUCGAAAAAAAAUCACUGCCAAAACAAAUGACUGAUUAAGUGAUUAUUUAACAGCAUAAAAAAGCGAAAUAUAAUUACAAAAUUGCGAAACUACCGAUAGAACCGUGGAAAAUGAAUAAACCACAACAAUGACACACACACGCGCGCGCGGGCAGGAAUGGUAAAAGAAUUUGCUGUCAGUUUUAUGUUUUUGUUCAAUCAACAUCCAUCCAUUCAUUUAUUCAGUCCAGUAUUUUUUCGUAAACCGAACGCUUUUUCAACGAGGAACCGAAGCAUUAGUCAACCAGAAAGGAUCUGCGUACCAUAACCAACCAAGUGUAUUCUUUUCGAGCCUAAAACAAUGAUUUUGACACUGCCAUAUAAAAGAGAAAGUAAAAAAACGCGAUAGUUUUAGUGGAGUCCUGUGUGUCUCCAUCGGAAUUAGGUUCGAAGUCACCGCCCGCUACAAACAAUCGAUACGAUUUGGUUUCAGUGAAACUACCCAACACAGACAUACAUACACACACAUACACGUAAAGAAGCAAAACAAAACACAAACACACAAAACGGACUGCCAUCGCAAACUGCAUUCAUGCAUUUUUUUCUCGGAUAAGCAAUCACACCUGAUUAAGAGAGAGUGCUGGCCACUCAUCGUAGUCUACAAAUUUUCGAAUCGAUCUUAAACCCUUUCUACGCGCUAAACGGUGACCGACCAAACCGUCAGUAUAGUGUUGGAAACCCGCAACAGCAAGUGGAAAAUUAAAAUAAUUAGUAUUCGCUUACUUUUGGACUGAGCAAAAUUUUUAGUUAAAUUUAAAAUUUCAAGUAAUGGAACGAUCAACUGAAUUAAAUUAAUUUUUUUUUAUCGAAUGCUAUACAAUAAUUACUUUUGAUUUUCUUAAAGUAAGAAAUUAAAACGCAUCGAGAAACGCAGACUUUUACUAGGUUUAGAAACAAAAUUGAUUUCUUCUUGAAGGAAACUUUUUAGUAAGCGACUGGUUAGAGUUUUAACGUCCCACCCACACAACUAGUAGUAGCCGCGUUAGGCGGCAGCGUCCAAACACACUGAGUGAAGCGUUUUUCGAACAAACGGAAAAGCAGUGCAGUUGUAGUUUCAUCCUUUUUUUAUAAUACGAGUCCCCGUAAUAAGGAAACUAAGACAAACCACCAGGGCGUGUACAAAACAGAAAAUAAGCAAUCCGUUAGGAAGUGAAGAGAGUGCAAAAACAAAGGAAAAUUCAAGAAAGUCACCUAAUACAAUGCAACAUAAAGUUUUUUUUUCUCUGUGUGCGACUUGAUUUCCGUCAACCGGUUUGUACGUUCGAUUUGUGCUUCUUUCUUAACGUCUUAGGUUUUUUUAUACUCUUUUAAGCUAGCCCGUAACGAUUCUUUAGCUGUACAUCUAGUAGUGUAAAAUAUUUUAGUUCUACUUGAAGUUCUAUUAAGUUCUGUAGUAAAUGUUGAACUGUAAUUAAAUUCUAAACUCGAUACAAGCUCUAGUUCUGGUACA